AUGGAGUAUAUCCAGCCCAACCAUCUAUACUCCCGCAUAUUGGACAACAUCCCCUGGAAGUCCGCAGAUCCAUCGGUGAAAGGUGAUCCGCGGAAAAGUGUCAAGUGGAUUGAUGGCCUACGAGGAAUCGCUUCCUUCCUAGUUAUCCUCACUCACCUUGCCCGAGCAUGGGAUUAUGACCUCUUUGCUCCCCGCGACGAUGUUGACAAACCUCCCCGAAUUCUGCAGUGGCCCGUCUUCCGUAUUCCUUGGCAAGGCCGUUUGGGUGUUACUAUAUUCGCCUUCUUGACUGGCUACGUUUGUGCCCUUAAGCCGCUCAAACAGUCUCGAAAUGGCGAUAUCCUUGGAUCUUUCACUUCGGUUGGCAAGAGUGCCUUCCGUCGCCCACCUCGUCUCAUCUUCCCCGCGACUAUCGCCUUAAUCAUCUCAUGGGUCAUGGCGCAGUGCGGCGCCUUUAUCACCGCUAACCGCUCCGACUGUUGGUGGUGUCGGUACGCGGCCGUCGAUUUGGCGCCUACUUUCUGGGAGGAGUUUGUCCGGUUAUUCAAGACCUUCCUUGAGGUCUGGACUACGGGAUAUAUGGCAUAUGAUGACCACCAGUGGGCUUUACUUCCGCUGCUCCAGGCAUCUAUGUUGAUUUACAUCCUUAUCUGCGCAACAAUGUUUUGCAAGUUCCGAUUCCGUGUGGCCAUCUACCUCGGCAUGUACCUCUAUUUCCACCAGAACGCCGCAAAGGACACCGAAACCUUCCAAAUGCAGGCAAUCUACGGCAUGUUCCUCAGCGAUCUCUCCUAUGAGAAAGGAUUCAAAGAAUUCGUCGAACGCCACAGCUGGGGCCGCAAGAUCGUCGCCGGCAUCCUUCUCUGCCUCGGCCUCUUCGUCUGCUCGUACCCCGGAGAACACCCAGAAUGGGCCACAUGGUCUUCCUACAUGGAACAGGCCUCACACUACAUCUUCCCCCCGAAAGUCAACGUCGGUAAGCGCUACUCCGCCCUGGGCGUCGACCUCAUAAUUUUCGCCAUCUACAUCUCCCCUUCUACGAAGGAGUUCCUCUCUAGCAGUCUCCUCCUCUGGCUCGGCAAACAGAGUUUCGCUGUCUACCUCGUGCACGGCACUCUCCUCCGCACCGUUCUGUGCUGGAUGCUUUACGGAAUCACUGGUCAGCCCUGGGAAGGCGAUAUCGUCGACGAAAAGGGCAACCCGAUCUACGGCGAGGACGGCGAACCCCUCCACCCGCACUGGAUCCCUAUCCGCGCCCCUUGGGUCGUGGCUAUCAGUAUCCCGUCUUGGAUUGUGCUGGUCUAUUUCUGUGCUACGUUGUGGACUGGAUAUGUUGAUCCCUUCUGCGCGCGCAUGGCUCAAAAAUUGGAGAAGUGGAUGUUCGAGGAGGAUGAGCAGGCUCCGCCCCCGCUGCCUAUGACUAGCAUUCCUAUGCAGACAGCUUAA